AUGGAGUGGUUGGGCUACGCAAAGACCGACUUCACCCAUGCGAAGCAACCUCGCGUUGUACGAGACAAGCAAGGGGCCAAGACCGAUCUCCUCAAGAUCGUCGAAAAGACCACACCGCCAUGCGUCCUGAACCCGUUGCUGCUCAAUGGGCACAUGCAGACCCUCUGGUCGGCCACCAAGCCAGUGGGCCCCAAGAUCUACUACAAGCGCAAGGUCUUCGAGUCCAACCACGAGACAUUCGUCGGCACCUUUGCCGUCGACUUUGUUGUGGAUGAGUACGAGGGGGAGGAUGCAACUUUGUUCCGGCGCACCACGUACUUCAGCGAGGAGGAGUUCAAGCAGUUCGAGUCUGAGGAUGAGAAGCCCAUGGUCAUCAUUAUGCACGGUGUUGCUGGAGGGUCGCAUGAAGUGUACUUGAGACAUGCUGUUGCGCCUUUGGUUGAGGCAGGCUGGGAGGCCUGUGUGAUCAAUUCAAGAGGGUGUGCCAAGAGCGAGCUGACUAGCCGCUUCCUGUACAACGGACGGGCCACCUGGGAUCUCGUGAAAUGGUUGAAGGGGAGAUUUCCGAACAGGCCCUUAUAUGCAGUGGGAUUCUCUCUGGGAGGAAACAUGCUCACAAACUUCUGCGGCGAGGAAGGCGAGAACUGUCUUCUCAGUGGCGCAGUUGUAUGCUCAAACCCGUUCAACCUGGAGCUCUCCAACACUCUUCUCAGUGGCCAGUACCUGGGGACGAAGUAUUUAAAUAUGGUCAAAGAUGCGCUCGUUGCUUACGUGAAGAAGCAUAGAAAUGUUCUUGAAGGACAUCUUGAUAUCGAAGCCGUCUCAAAAGUCAAGUCUAUGGAAGAGUUCGAUCGCCUCGUGGAGUGCGCAAUCUGGGGAUACCCGACCGAGGCGGCAUACUAUCGUGAUGCCUCAUCUGCCGACUCCGUGCUGGCCAUUCGGAUCCCAUUUUUGGCAAUCCAUGCUCUUGAUGACCCGGUGGCUCCCAAGGAAGCCGUGCCCUGGCAAGAGUUCAAGCAGAACCCGAACACGGUGCUGCUUACGACAUCAAUGGGUGGCCAUAUCUCCUGGUACGAAAGUGGAGGUGGCAGAUGGUUCCCCAAGGCAAUUGCCGGUUUCCUCAACCAUCUGGCGUUCCAGGCUGACCCUGAGAGUCUUGGAGCCGUCUCGUAUAUCAAAGAUGAAGACAAAAAGAACAUGGAGUAUGUAGGAACGCGUCGGAAGAUGUUGAUUGAGCAAUAC